AUGAUUCAAAGCAACGUUUACGUCGGUAUUAAACCAAGCUUCAACAAAGUAGAUGAAUCCUUUUAUGAUGAGACAUAUUCAUCAAUACCUACUGUAAAUUUUGAUUAUGUUUUGUUGCCUAUAACGAAUCAAAGAUAUAGCCAAAUUGCAAUUAAAGCUGUUGAAAAUUAUAGAUUAUCACAAAAGGAAAGUUAUAAUUUAUUUUCAGAAUUAACUAUUCCUGAACCAAAAUUGCAAGAUCUUUAUAUACCUCCAUUUAAAUCCAAGGCAUCAUUAAAUGGUAGUGAUGGUCAAUAUAUUAUGCAUUUGGGUUUACUAGCGUCUUGGCUAGAUUUAGAUUCCAUGGAUCCAGUAAUAAGUGACUUUAGUUAUAAAGUUUUAUUAAAUGAAUGUAAGUACGCUAGAUUUGUAGGUAUUAGGAAGCUAUUAGUGGCACCACCGAGGGAUCUAUCAAAUUUGACUCCAUAUUCACAAACUAUAAACAGAUUAUUAAAUCAUGAAGUUCUUACAAUGGAACCUAAAAUUACAUUAUCAAUAUCACUACCUUUAGUUGAAGAUAGUGAACCAUUUGCUACAUGGGAAUUAUGGAAUACCGUGAGAAAGAUAUGUGAGUACAAUGAAUUACUGACCAUUUCAUUAGCUUUACCUAGAAUUAAAACACCAUCCUAUGUAUUAAAACGAUGGUUAUGCGAGCCAGUAUCAUGUUUAUUAAUAUCUUCUUCAAUCUUUGAAACUAAUCAGAAUAAUUAUCCUGUGUUACAUAAGUUUAAUCAAAAAAUACUGAGAGAAUUCCAAAGGAUUAACGGCAAUUCACAAAGUGAACAAGGUCAACUAUGUGUCAUACUACAUGGUAUGGAAAAACAUGCUGAUUUUAUUAGAGGAGGUUCUGUUUCAUAUCUUGAUUAUAUUAAUUUUUUGCUAAAGAAAGAAGAUAAAUUAAUAAUGGAUGAGUUUAAUAAAGAAGCCAUCAACAUGACCAAUGAACAAGGAAGUUCUAAUGCAAACUUAAUCAAUGAAGAUAAAUGGUUACCUAAAUUAAUGCCGCCUUUACUACCUAACUCUGAUAAUUUAACUAAUGAUACAUAUCUAGUUUUUGAAAAUGAUAGGACAAAGUAUGAUUUAUACCAUGAAGCUAUUCACCAGGCAAUUCAUGAUAAAUUGUCAUAUAUCCAACAUUUAAAAAGGAAUAACUCUCAAAAAUUUCAGAUUCUAGUCGCUGGUGCAGGCAGGGGUCCAUUAAUUGAUGAAACAUAUGAUAUUUUGAAGUACUAUAAUGUUUUAAAUAAGUGCAAGAUAAUUGCCAUUGAGAAAAAUUCACAAGCUUUUUUGUUUUUACAAAAGAAGAAAUUUGAUAAAUGGGUUGAUUCAGUUGAGUUAAUAAGAUGUGAUAUGAAAAAAUUAUCAAAUGAUUUUGGUAAAUUUGAUAUUGUAAUAAGUGAAUUAUUAGGAUCUUUUGGUUGUAACGAAUUAUCUCCUGAAUGUUUAAUUCAUAUUGAAGCCAAUUUUAGUCGUAAAGAGACAAUAUUUAUUCCAGAAUCAUAUUCGUCAUAUGUUGCACCAGCAUCUCUUCCAUUGGUAAGACAAAAAUUAGACAAAUUUUCAAAUGGAUUUGAAAAACCGUGGUUAGUGAAUAACAUUCCAUAUUGUAUUUUAUCUACUAAAAUCAAUAAGAUAUGGUCAUUUCAACAUCCAUUGUUAAAGACAGAAAAUCAAGACAAUAAACAUUUAUUUAAUAAGAAUAUUGAGAAUGGUGAAUUUAAAUUAAAACAUAAAUGUGAAAUAGAUGGGUUAAUUGGAUUUUUCAGUGCAACAUUGUAUAAUAAUAUUACUUUAUCUACUUUACCUGAGGGGUUUACGAUCAAUGAUCCAAGAAAAGAAUACGACACGAAGAUUACCACUAAUGAUAAAAAUGAAUCAAUUCAUACAAAAAAUUUAAAGUCAUGGGCACCCAUUUUUUUCCCUAUAACUAGUCCAUUAAGCAUAACUGAUGAUACUGAACUAUCUGUGUAUUUCAAUAGGAUUUCAGACAGUCAAUUAAAAAAAACAUGGUAUGAAUGGUCAUUAGAGAGUUUUAUAUACUUGGUAGUGUCCUCAACGUCACACAAACAGAACGGCAAUACCACAGUUGCUAGUAAGAGCAUCCAUAAUCAAGCAUCAUUAAAUGAACUUAGAGAGACAACCACAAUUAAGGAUGAACAGUCAUUGAUGGAGCUUAACGGUAGUGAAGAGGUACAACCACAACCAACACAACAAGAAUCGAAUAGAAACUACUAUUAUCAAAGUGAAUUUGAAACAGGAGGAUGGGAGAGUGUCAACGAUAUCCAUGAGUUAACAAGCGAUAUGAGUAGAUUGAAUACCGAUAACACAAAUGAAGAGAACAAAAUCAGUGCAACGUUUGAUUUAAAAGUAUCACCAACACAUGGUCGUCAUAACCAACCUAGUUUAAUCGAAGUUCAAAGCAUCGAUGAAGAUAGUCCAGAGAAUUUAGAUUAUUCAUAUGAACUCGAAGAAGAUUUUAAAGCCAUGAGAACAAAUAACAAUGAUAUCUCAACUCUAAAUGAUGAUACUAUGGACCAUGAUAACUCUUCGCAUAAGACAACAAAUAAAAAUAUGAAUACAACUGCAAACACAAAAACCUCCAGGGAUAUAAACACAAAUAAUACAAGCAACAAUCAAUUAGAGGUCAAUUUACGCAUUAGAACUGGAGUAACGAAAUUACAUAAUAUGAACGGUAAUAAAUCAUCCAUACCAUACUAA